AUGCCAUAUGAUAUCCGCUCGUCUGUUGUGGACACGAAGGUGAUGGUGGAAUGGUCCACGCGACGAAAUUACAUCUCCACAGUAAAACUCCAGAAGGCAGAUGAUAACAGCCCCGGUCACGCCAACCCAUGGCGCUCUUGUCACGAUGUUGCCGCCGAUGUUGAAGUGCGCUACCGUCGGCUGGGAGAUAAUGAUACGAUGCUGGUCACCGAGAAGGGUGAGGAGCCUUUUACAACAAAGACAGCUAUCACCUUUACUACUCCCGGAGCCACGUUUAGCACGCACACAGCGCGCUUUGAACUCCCGAGUGCCAUGCAGAACGCAGCGUAUGAAUUCACAGUUGGUUCGGUUUUCCACGGCUGGUCGGCGAUUCAUCGGCUUGGUGUCACUAUUCUGCCUCAUGGAGAUGAAUCCGAGCGAUGUCGUCCUAGACACGUGCACACAGCGUACGGCUUGAAGUCGGGAAGUUUGGCUGUACAGUGGAUGACUAAGGAGUUUUGUGGUGGAGGAGACGCCCAGUUGUUGCUAAAGGAAGGGUACUUUGCUCACAUUGAGGUUGAUGGACCAAAUAGGACCUCAGUGAUGGCAACUGCUAAUACGACGUUGUUUGAAGAUGACGGUGAGGAGAAGAGCAAGCGCUGGAUCCAUGUUGUGAGACUAGAGGGAUUGAAGCCGGCCACGAGGUAUACCUACGUUGUUGGCAACGCACAUUACAAUUCGUGGUCAAUUCCAUUCUCUACUAAGACUGCACCAGCCCCACUAUUUUCUGGAGAGAAGCCUAUUAAGUCCACGCGAUUCUUGAUUACAGGGGACAUUAGCUACCAGAAUGCAGCCACUUUGCCGAUGAUGCAGUCCGAGGUUGCCGAGGGAAUCGUGGAUGGUCUUGUGUGUCUGAAGGAGACUAUGCCUAUGAUCUGCAUCUGGUAA